GGGGACUCGAUCAAAGACUCUCUGGCUCUCUCGCCGUAGGAUGUACUGCUGAGCGCAGACUUGCUCUCUGGACGGACGGCGUCUGUGUUUGGAAAUAUCGCCACUUUUGGAUUAUAUUCUUCCGUUGCUCUUUGAAUCACAACCAGAUGAAUAGAAAUGGGUAAACUGCAUUCGAAACAUGCUGCCGUUUGUAAACCGAGGGAGAGUCCGGAAGGCGACAGUUUCGUAGUGAAUGCGUGCUUGGCGAGGAAAGGCAUCGACGACUGGCUGGUGAAGCAGCAGUACUACUGCACCGGGUCGUCGCGCCUGGAGCACGACUGUCACCACAAGAAGACCUGCGGCUCCACUCCUCGGGACUCUAUGGAUGAGUCCUGUGCAGAAGGGAUCAGCGAUGAACACUACCGUUUAGAAGUGGCUCUACCCCCGGAGAAGCCAGACAGCUGCUGUGUGGAGAAGAUUCAGGAGAAGGACAGCCGCCCCCCCGCUGGGCCCCACAAACAGCUCCAGUUUGAAGAGUUGGAGUGUGCUGUGUCCGUUGAGGAGGACAGCAGGCAGGAGUGGACCUUCACCCUGUACGACUUUGACAACAAUGGCAAGGUCACUAGAGAGGACAUCACCAGCCUGCUUCACACCAUCUACGAGGUGGUGGACUCAUCGGUCAACCACUCCCCCAGCAGCAGCAAGACCCUGCGGGUCAAGCUGUCCGUGGCCCCGGACCCCAGCCAGCGCUGGAGGAGCUGUGGGCAGGCUGGUACAGUUAAAGAAAUGUCCCACACACGACCGAAAAGCGACAAGUGUAUAGAAGACCCCAAGAGUGAAGACAAGAAGUCCAGAGCUCUCAUAAGACGGGCCGUCACGGGCGGCGGCUGCUGCGCCCGCCCGUCCCUCCCCGGCGCGCUCAUCGUGCGGCUCAGCGAGCACACGGCCGGCCAGCGUUGCCGCCUCACCAGAACCGCCGCGCCCCUCAACGCCCACAGGCGCAAGCACUCGGACCACCAUGCCCAGCCCGCUGCCCCGGCAGCCCAGCCCGGCCGGGCGCCCUGCCGGCCGCACAGCGUGGACGAGAACCUGGAGCGGAGGAACCACUACCUGGACCUGGCUGGCAUCGAGAACUACACCUCACGCUUCGGGACCGCCACCAGCACCGAGCCCCCCAAACCCGAGCCCACCCAGACGCGGCCCACCAACCAGGCCCGCUCCCGCUCCCACGAGCCCCAGAACGGCCACUCCUACCCCCCCCACCACCGGCGCUCGCAGACCGCCGCCGAGCCCGCCAUCCCAGAGAGCCCCUGCCCCGCCCGGCUCCGGGGCCCGGACCCGGGGAAGCACGGCGGCCCCCGCUCCCCCAAGACCCAGGGCCGCACGCCCCCCGCCCAGCCCGGCGCUGGGGGGCGGGCCCUGAGGAGCCGCGGCACGCCCCCCGCCCCGGCGCUGUCCGGCCUGGCCCCGCCCCACCAGGCCGCCGCCCCCUACCGCAAGCACAAGCAGCGGGCCAAGGAGAGCCAGGGCUACCGCGCGCUGGGCCCCGGCGUGCCGGGGGCCCCCCCGGGGGCCACCACCGCGCCGGACAAGGAGCCGACGAGGGAGGUGCCCGGCGUGCUGCUCUACGACGGGGGGCCGGGGCAGGUGGUGCAGCGGCACGAGCACCACCACCACCACGAACACCACCACCACUACCACCACUUCUACCAGUCCUGAGGCCUCGUCGUCGCCACUCGCCCUCGGAGGCCUGGCCGAGCUCCAGGGGUCCGGUGAUAGACAGCCAGGACUGUAGCAAGUGGCCCCGCGGAGGUGGAGCCUUGGAGCCGCCGUCGGGGAGGGAGACCAGCAGGAGCCCUGGGGAGGUCAGACUGGUCUCAGGGACGGGGGAUGCUGGUAUCCAGUGUUGGGGAGGGGGGUGUGGUCUGGACCUCACGCGGCCAGGGGCGCGGCACUUCAGGCAGCCUAUCAGGGGGGGCGGAGGCUGGGAAGGGGAGACCACCGAAGCGCUGUCACGGCCCGUUCAGGUCUACUGGAUCCGUUCCGGUUUCAUGAUUUUGCCCGAUUUGUCGUAUUGUUCCGGUUUCUAAAUAAUUUUGUAAUAUAUCUCAAACUGUGUCGAAUGCUACAGGGUGGAAAGUGAUAUGUUUUUGUCAACAUAAUAUAUAUUUUGAAACAUUUAUUUUCUAACAAACUCGGUGCAGACGUGCUUCCUUCAUCGAAGCCGAGACUCGAUGCUGAGAAGCUAAGCUAGAUGGUACGUUUCGGUCGUGCAGCUCACAAAGCUUCAAUACGACCCAUCAAACAAUUCAUCUUCAACGCGUGCAUUUUAAGUGUUAAGUCCACUGUGGACUUUGGGCAUAUUUAUAUGUAAUUAUUUCACACCAUACUGCCAAUGGAGGGGGCCGAGGAUCGCACUUCGGUGGCCUACUGAGAGUCUGAACCCUGGCAGACCGUCUGACCUUACGGCUCCCGUUCCUCUGCCCAGAACCAGAUCCCAAUCUAGAACCAGAUCCCAAUCUGGUUUAGAACCAGAACCAGGUCUGGUUCAGAACCAGAUCCCAAUCUGGUUCUGACCCGGUUCGCUUCGAGCACAGACACAUGAUCAUUUCUGACCCAGGAGUCAAGUUGUGUGAAACGGAUGGAAUAUUAGGAGGAAGAGGAGGAGAAGAUGAAGAAGAGACUGAUGUACUGUAUAUAGGAAUAACUAAUAUGAAGGAAUAUACUAAGUGAACAUGGGCACAGUGUGUCUUGAGUGUUGUGUGUGACAUUAUGACUGCUGGUGUGCAUGUUGGCGGGCACAAUUAUUUGUAAGGGUUUGUGUGUGGCUCUGUGUGUGUGUGUGUGUGUGUGUGUGUAUGUGUGUGUGGCUGUGUGUGUGUGUGUGUGUCUGUGAGAGUAUGUGUGUGCAUGUAUGAGGUGAAGGAAUCUGUUUGCGUGUGUUCUGAUACCUGUGCCACUGUUGAAAAACCACUUGAAGCCAGUUUAAAGGUGCAGUAGUAUUUGAUGUGUGUCAGACAGGAGUUGAAGCUAAACUAUAUAGAUAAGACUCCAGAUUCCCCGAAAAGCAAAAAUGAAACUGAAAAUUAAAGUUUUUUCUUUGUUUGAGAAAUCCCAAAUCUGCUGCUACCUCUAAUUGUAAUUUUAUGGUGACAUUGAAUCCAUGUCGACAUGAUCCUUUUGAAAUGACUUUUUUUUGUAAAGAUGAAAUGCCAAGCUCAAUCUGCAGUAUAUAAGUGCUAAAAAGUUCCUUUAAUUUGGUAGCUGACAUAUUUUGUACAUAUGUUAUGUACAGUUGUUAUAAAAAUGGAUAAGCUUUAUUGACAGUGUGACAAUAUUGAAACAUUUUUGUAUUCACAAUUUUAUGCUUUCAUUUCUCACACAGGUCACAUUUUGUAAGACCACUAGCAGUGUUGUUUUGAAAAGAAUAUUGUAAAACCCAUCAUAUGAUCGUCAUUGUUGUAGAUACAGUAAAAUCUGACCACUACAGACUAGAAAUGGUCCAAUGGCUGUACUAGAACUAACUUCGCAGCCUGCCGGUAAUGAUACCCAAAUGUUCAGCUCUCUAUGUAACAGCAGGACUCUGUACCAAUGGCACUUUUAUUCUAAGAACAGGGAAGCUAAGUACAAGGAAAGCACCUUGUGAAAUACAUGGGUGUCAUUGGCAGUGCAUAUUUCAAAAGGCAUAUAUCAAACAUGUUUGUAUUAUAAUCUGGUUAUUUAUAUAAGAUGUUAUGUGCUAGGCUUUGUGUUCUGCAUUAGGAUUCAUGAUGAAUAGCCUUAUAAUACUUAAUAAUAUAUGGUCUGCCUCCCAACUCUGAAA